AAUUCUCUAAUUACCUAAUUUCCAUUCUGUUGAAAAAGCGGUAUAUUUAUAAGGAGGAGAAAUUUUGACCGUGUUGAUCGUCAACAGGAAGGGCUUGUUUCGCUGGGCUUGAAGCUGGAAGCGAGAAUCUUUGCCAUAAGUAAAGAUGUUGAAGGCAAAGUCCGAGCAAUACUCGUACUCGUACUCGGUGGCAAGCUGUUCGAUAGAUAGCAAGCACUGAAAUAGCUGCACCACAUGGCGGGGGUCUCUUUAACGCUGAUGUUAGAUUCAUGUGUAUGCGUUUUUACGUAUACGCGGAUCGUGGAACAUUGUCGAUGUUCAGACUAGAGACAGACCCUUCGCGAACGAACGCAGUUGUCGACUCCGGAAAUACAUUUUCUGUGAAAUCGUACAUUAACAUCGAUACUUACCGCGCGGCGACACGUAUCGUUGUUGAUUUAUUGUCAACGCCGACCAAUUUUUAAUUUCCAUCCGGAUAAAAUUCAUUCUGUUCGAGACGAAAGAAGAAGCGUAAGGAUAGAGCAACCCGAUCGGAACCAAUACCGCUCCAUCAUCAUCGCCAUCGUUAUCGGUAUCUCCAUCCUCCAUCAUUCACAAAAAAUGCAUAAAAGGAUAGUCAAAGUUCGCAUAUAACAAGAUAAAUAUUUUUUCAAUGAAUUGAAAAGGAAUGAUUUGAAAUCUUGCAAGAGAUAUAAUCGUGAAACCAAUCGUGAGAAUAAUAAAGAAAAGAAGAAGAAGAAAAAAUAAUAUAAAAUAAUCUAGGAAUCUGAUAUCAUUUUCACGAAAAAUAUUUCACCUUGAGAUUUCCAAACGCUUCAACGUUCAACGAAUAACUUUUUGUUACGACAACGCGUAAAUAAAAGCGCGCAUAGAGGUAAAUUCGAAAAAAAAAAAAAAAAAAAACACGUAAAAUUAAAUGAACCUAUCACGUAAAACAAUUAUACGUGGCGUGAUGUUACAUAUUUCAUGAAAAUAUCGAAACGCAGAAGACAGUUCGAAGUGAAGUUUCGAAUGGAAACGUUGCCAAUUCGACGUUGCAUUAUUGUAAUGUGCAUCCAUACGAAUACAUUGUCUGAAAAAACAUGUUACUUGUUGACAUGUUACUCGGCAGCAGGCAAAAAAGCGUAUCGUAGAACGAAAAGCAAGAAUCCAUGCAAAUCCUGCAAUGAUCUAAUGAUCAAAUGAUCAUCGUGUAUCUCAGUGCCUUAGGUCUUAAAUUAAUCUUGAGAAACAACUGGCGGUUGCUGGGUGAAUUCGUAUUUUUAAACGAAAUAGUUAGUCAGUUACCGAUAAGUGCAUCGAGAACGUUUCUCGUUUCAUUUCAGUGAUUUCGUAAAUAUACUCGAGGUGUAAAAAUGAGCGAUAGUAAUAUCAUUUCCCAAAUAUAUCCAACAAGCAAUUAUCACAUUUUCUCAAGCAUGGAAAAGAUGAGGAUUAAAUUUGAAAAACACGUGGGAGGACGGUAAAUUUCUGAUUAUGGCCGCUUGCCAUCCAACACCGGCGAUUCAACAUUUGCAACCACAGGAAUCGUCUCAGUUCGGCCUUGGAUCUAUGAACGCUCUCGGUAGCCAAGGUCGGAAACCUCUUCACCAACCACAUUAUCCGCCCCAUUUGCUCAAUUGGGUCUAUCUAGCAAUCGCCGAUCAAAAUUCUGCUCAACCGCGAGAUCAGAACAAACUUGUUCCGACAAUCUGGAGCGGUUUUUCAACAACGACGUCACAAACUCAUUCUCAUCGUGAUACACUCGAUCCUUCUUGCGCUAUAAGUGGCAAUUUUGCGGACAAUAUCAACGAACUUGCAGAUCGUUUCAGAGAAUUGGGUCUAUUAGAUAGAAAACCAACGAAAAGGCCACCACCUAAUUACCUCUGUCAUCUGUGUUUCAAGAAAGGUCAUUAUAUCAAAGAUUGUCCGCAGGCAAGACCAAAGGGUGAGGGUUUAACACCGUAUCAAGGAAAAAAACGAUGCUUCGGAGAAUACAAAUGUCCCAAAUGCAAACGCAAAUGGAUGUCGGGUAAUAGCUGGGCCAAUAUGGGCCAGGAAUGUAUUAAAUGUCAUAUAAACGUCUAUCCUCAUAAACAAAGACCAUUAGAGAAACCAGACGGAUUGGAUGUGUCCGACCAAAGUAAGGUCCAUCCGCAACAUCUCUGUCAAAAAUGUAAAACUCUUGGUUACUAUUGUCGAAGAGAUCAAUAAUGCGAUAUACUAUAUAAUAUUCCACGACUGAUUAACUUUAACAAACAGAAAUAUAAAUUCAACGUACAUAUUCGUCCUUCUUUUAAAUUCGUACAUCACCAAUGAUGAAUCUUCAUACCGAUCGAUGAAUCUUUCCUGAAAAUUUACUACAUUUUUUAUAUUACUACAACAUAACUUAUCGAUAUCUGUUCGAAUCUCACAUAGUAUGGUAUUAAUCUA